AUGGAGCCCGACACGGCCACAGAGGCAGCCACCGUGGCAACCUCGGAUGCCAGAGCCACAAUCUUGGUCCUAGAGGAUGAGCAGCCCGGGCCUUCCACCUUUAAGGAGGAGGGAGCGGCUGCCGCCUCCACGGAAGCCACCUUGGCCACUGAGAAGGGCGAGAAGAAGAAGGAGAAAACCACUUCUCCAUUUCAACUCAAACUUGCUGCUAAAACUUCCAAAUCUGAAAAGGAAAUGGACCCAGAAUAUGAAGAGAAAAUGGUAAAUAUGCCCUUGCUUUCAGAGAUUGUUCGUGAGUUCAAGUCCACUAAUCGCUUACUUCUAACUGGGACACCUUUGCAGAAUAACCUGCAUGAACUCUGGGCUUUACUUAACUUUUUAUUGCCGGAUGUCUUUAAUUCUGCAGAUGACUUUGAUUCUGGGUUUGACACUAAAAAUUGCCUUGGUGAUCAAAAGCUUGUGGAAAGACUCCAUGCAGUUUUAAAACCAUUUCUGUUACGCCGUAUAAAAACUGAUGUAGAGAAGAGUCUGCCUCCUAAAAAGGAAAUAAAGAUUUACUUGGGACUGAGUAAAAUGCAACGGGAAUGGUAUACAAAAAUUCUGAUGAAAGAUAUCGAUAUUUUAAACUCUUCUGGCAAGAUGGACAAGAUGCGACUUUUGAAUAUUCUGAUGCAGCUCCGAAAGUGUUGCAAUCAUCCUUAUCUAUCUGAUGGGGCAGAGCCUGGCCCACCUUAUACGACAGAUGAGCAUAUUGUCAGCAAUAGUGGUAAAAUGGUAGCUCUGGAUAAACUGUUGGCGAGAAUUAAAGAACAGGGGUCAAGAGUUCUCAUUUUCAGCCAGAUGACUCGCCUGCUAGACAUUUUGGAGGAUUAUUGUAUGUGGCGUGGCUAUGAGUAUUGUCGACUAGAUGGACAAACCCCACAUGAAGAAAGAGAGGAUAAGUUCCUGGAAGUGGAAUUACUGGGUCAAAGGGGAGCGAUAGAGGCCUUCAAUGCUCCUAAUAGCAGCAAAUUCAUCUUUAUGCUGAGUACAAGGGCUGGAGGUCUUGGAAUUAACUUGGCAAGUGCUGAUGUGGUUAUCCUAUAUGAUUCAGACUGGAAUCCACAGGUUGAUCUACAAGCUAUGGAUCGGGCACAUCGCAUUGGGCAGAAGAAGCCAGUACGAGUCUUCCGUCUCAUUACUGACAACACAGUGGAAGAGAGGAUUGUAGAGAGAGCUGAGAUAAAACUGAGACUUGAUUCAAUUGUUAUACAGCAAGGAAGACUCAUUGACCAACAAUCUAAAAAGCUGGCAAAAGAGGAAAUGUUGCAAAUGAUCCGCCAUGGGGCCACCCAUGUUUUUGCCUGUAAAGAAAGUGAGCUAACAGAUGAAGAUAUUACAACCAUUCUGGAGAGAGGGGAAAAGAAGACUGCAGAGAUGAAUGAACGCAUGCAGAAAAUGGGAGAAUCUUCUCUAAGAACUUUUAGAAUGGACCCUGAACAAAGUUUGUACAAGUUUGAAGGAGAGGAUUAUAGAGAAAAACAGAAGGUAACUUUAUUCUUGCAGUCAUUCAAUGGUCGAAUUUUCACUUUUCCUUGUAAAAUCCAUACGAUAACACUGGCAUUCAUAUAG